UGGCAACAUUUAGAGAUGGAUAAAAAAAAUUAGUCAACAUGGCGGCCCAAGAUGAAGUUGACGUAUGUGAAAGUUGGGAGGAUAUGGACGAAAUUGGCUUAGAGCAGAAGAUCAAGCUCAUGUCAAGUGAGUGUGCGCCUGUGACAAGUCUAAAAGGGUGCAAGGUUACUGUUGAAGAAAACGCGUGCAUAGGAUCACAGUGCGUAAUGCCGGAGCCAGCUAUUCGCAUUUUGAAGCGUCCAUCGCCUUCAGCCAGUGGUCAGCUAAAUGGUGAAAGCCGAUCUAGACCUGUAAAAACCUUCGAACAAAGACAAAAAGAGUAUGAAGAAGCUCGAUUACGGAUUCUUGGCGAAGCGCGAAGUCCAGAGGAUGUAAUUGACGACAAUCUAAGUCGGUUGCAAGACAAACUACAAGCUAACAAUUUGAAUGACAGCCCAAACAUAAAUGUGGGCAGUAGUAAAACGAAAAACUUUCAUAAUGACACCAAAGGAAAUAAGCAAGAACGUAAGGUUCUUGCCCGACUACCGCCAGGAGCCACUCCUGCGGGUGUAUUUCCCUCACCACCACCUCGUGGGGUACUCGUCAUACGGACUCCAAGAGGACCAGAUGGUACAAAAGGCUUCACAAGAAGGUAGCACGUAGAAAUUUUUAUUUCUAAGGUAACUCACUUAAUGUAAGUCCCCAUUAUGCCUCACCUUAAUCUAACAUUUUUUAUCAUUGGAAUUUUAUUUCACAAUUUAAAAUUUACUAGUUUAGUGUUAUAAGGUAUGAAAAUGAAAAUUAUCAUAUUUUAAUUAUUAUAAACAAGUAAAGACUUAAUGGCCCAUAAAGAAAACUAAAGCUGAUUUGAAAAUUUGUGCUUUCUUUGAAGGAAUCUUUUUCAAUCAGUGUUCUCUUAACUUUGAGCAUAUGCAAAGUAAAGCCAAAAUAUAAUCAGCUUACAUUUUCAAGCACUCUUUGAACUACAAAAUUAUUAUUUUAUAAUGGUACCAAAAAAAUGAAAUUAUUACAGAUCAGGCGUACUUAUGCCUAAUAGAAAUACUUUUUUAGUCUAAUGGAAAUAUAAAUUCUUUGAAAUGUCAGUGUAUUAAAUUUUAAGUUGUGGAAUAAAAUUUUGAAAUUAUGAGUGCUCAUUUAAGGGAACAAUCAUAACAUUUAUAUACGCUAAGUUGUAUAAUGUAGAUAGAAAUUGUGAACUUACUACAAAUGAACUCUCUUAAUACUAUAUUUUGAUCUGGUUUCAUAAAUAAGACUACUCCUCUCUGCAAUAGCUGCGGAUGCAACCAGGGUUUCGAAUCUGUUCACUAUAAAUGUACCAAUAGUGUGUUGUAAGAGUCUCGGAGCAAUUUGACAUUUUGUGUCCGUUACUAUGGUAUGGACUGCCAAAUUACAAAACUACUAAACUGAAACACUUUCAACAUUUUGUUGUUGCAUUUUACAGACUUUGACCCUGCAGUAAUAUGCUAAAUGUCUAAGUAAAUACUUUCUUUUUCAUAUUAAACAGCACAUUUAGAUAUGUAACAUAUUGUAAAGGCAAGUUUAUUCUCUUGAAUAGGUGUGAGAAUGAAAUUUGUUUUAUAAAUAAUGGUUGUCAUUUGAGUCAUGUAUAAGAAACAGUGCAAUAUAAUGUACUUAUAAUACCCAUUUUAAUAACAAACAACUGUUGCGAUUAUUAUGAAAUCAUUUGCUAAAGUUCUUUAUUUAAAGAUAUCUUCCAUCUAAACACUGAAAAUGCAGUGUUGCUAACACUGAAAUUGUACACAUAUCUUUCUACUUGUGAAAAUUCAGUAUGUAAUAUGUAUAUAUAUAUAUACUGUCAUUUACUGUAGUUUGCAAAUGGUAAAGACCUGUUUACAUAAAUUUAUGUAAAUUAUGAUUUGCAAAAUUUGAAAUGAUAACAUCCCAAAGACAAACAGAUGAUUUUUGACACAAGCUUCUUUUUUUAAAUGCAUGAAUUUUUUUGUUGGGGAUAGGUAUAAUAUCUUAAGUUUGAAAAUUCAGAUCAGAAUAAAGUAUAUCAUAUAAAGUAUAUUAUGUAUAUGACAUGAAGUGGCUGGUAAAUAAGGAAGAUACUUUUUAAGAUUUUUCAUUAAAAGUACCUAUUUGAUUAGAACAGUAAUGAAUACAAAAACAAAUUUAUACAAUAGCCAUAUUUGAAAAGCAUGGGGCACUAUUUCGAAAUUGUGCGAAUCAAUAAAAAUCGGCUAGACGUCAAUACGAGUUUCAAAUGGUUAUUAUUCUUAAUCAUAUGUUAAUAAUGCUUGAGAAGUCUUAAAAUUUUAAAAUAGCAUUUUUCAUGGAUUAUUUCCAAAGAAAACAUGUCAGCGUAUCAUCCUUGGCCAUUUCACUUAGAUGUUCAAAAUAAUUUUAGUUGUUUUAAAAACGAGAGUACAUAGCCUACACAGUACGAUCUCACAAUUGUAAUGUUAUCAUAGCCUAUAAUUCUUUGUUUUUAAGAGGACUACAAAUUAAUUGUAUUUAGCUAUACACACAAUCUCAUUAAGAUCCCGAGGAGGCAGACUAAUUGAUUUACAGUGUUCUAAAUUCAGUUAAUUGAUGCUUAAUAUAUCUUUUCAGUAGGUAACUCAAAUGGUUAUUUUAAAAUGCAGGUACUAAUCAUGUUGGACGAUUUUCCUUAUUCGAUUUCUACUAAGAUUGUCGUUUUAACGGUCUCUGUUCAAAACUAUAUAUGUAUAUAGUUCAAUACAAUAAUGUCUGCAAAAACCUCCAAGUGGACCAAAAAAAUUGUGUUAAAUCAUCAACAAUUAGACUCACACGUUCAAUAUCAAAUUGUACGUAUAAAAUCGAUAGGAGUUGAAAAUAUUAACGAACGAUUUUUAUAUCUAGUUUUUGUACAUUGUAUAGAAUAUUUCUAGGAUAAGAUACUUGGUAUUUGUAUAUUUUAACGCUAUUAUAUUAUUAAUUACAAGGACCUGAUUUGUGUCAAUCAUUUUUAAUUUCAUUAUUACCUAAAUAUGUUUUGUUUGCACGUUGGAGUUGUGAUUCGCAACAAAUCUGAAAUAUGGAUUUAAAAAAAAAUAAGCAAAAGACAAACCACGUAUUGUAAUAAAUGCUCUUGUUAAUGACUUGACCGAAGUGAUUUUUAUUAUUUGAUAUAAAAUCUACAUACGUGGCAAAGUUAUAAUAAUGACAAGUACGUUCAUUACUUUGUGUGCACUUUUAUAGACAUGUCAGUCUCCUUUUAUAUUAUUUAGAGAAUAUAGAAUUCAGCGCCUUAUUUUUUUUUAUUCGUAAGCCUGUUAUUGGCUUCAUUUCGAAUUGUGGUUUCUCACGGAAGACGGAAUUAUACAAUAAGGGUUCUGGCGGAAAAUCAGUGCUGAACGUGUUCUGCGUAUCGCUGAGCUGUUUUAUUCACGUAUUAUUGGAUAUACUUUUUGUGUACAUUUGUGUGAAUGCUAAUGUGUCAUAAUAAAUUAUAUUUUUUUCUUUAGCAUAUAAUUGUUAUUCUUAAAAAUCUGACAAAUGUUUUGGUAGUGGAGUAUUUCUUCUGUGUGUCCUUAAAAUAAUUCUAGUUAAUUUAACAGAACCUUGAUUGGUUAACACAUCAUUUACGAAACUUAGAAUCUACAAUUUAGCAGUUUCAGUCGCUGUUGUAUAAAUUAAUUUGAUUUUGAACUCUGUAGAGUAACUCAAGAAAGUGUAAAAUGAUAGUGAAGGGAAAUAAUUACUUAUCGAUUGAAUUGAAAGUAUGGUUAGUUUUCAUUAGCCAACCCACCUUUUAACAGCAACAAGUGCAAGUUACUUAGUUCGUGUGAAUGUAGCAUAAUUAAUCACAACUCCACGAAGAAUUGAUUGACACAAGUCGAGCUUGUAUACACGUAAGAGUGACUGAGGUGCAUGUAAGUUGAGCCAUGAUUUAUUUAAUUACGAAAUUGUUUUUGCCUGAAGUUCUAGUCUUUUCCUAACUUUGGGCUUUUACGUCCCGUCCCCGAAGCCAAAGACAUUAGGGUACAGUUUACACCAAAUCGAAAAAAGUUAAUAUUAUAUUCGAUUUUUUUUUCUAUUGGACCCCUGAAGUAAAAAAAAAAUUAAUGGGUCGCAGACUUAAAAUCAAUGUAAGGCUUUGUAACUUUCGUUCCUAGAAGGCAUACCUAUGAUUUUCAAUAUUAAUUGAAUAAAUCUGGCGCGACGAACCACUAGCAUAAGUUUAUAAAUGUAACUGAGGAUUGUGAUAAAAAAAUAUUCUUAGCAAGCCUUUUUGUAUGUUACAUUAUAGCGGGCGGGGUAUGUAUGUAUAUAGGUCGGUUUUGGCGGCAAUUGCCAAAAUUUUAAGUUAUCAGUAUCAAAGUACAUUAACUGCCUGUUUAUUUUUAGACUAUGUUCCUUAUUUAAGCUUUUGUUUCAACGUUCAAUUUGAAAUGUGCUUUGUAAAUAUUAUAAAGAAAUACGCAAAGGGAAGAUAUCGCAGGGAGCCAAAAUUAAGACCCUUUGUUGACAUGUAAGAAUUCCAUUUUAUAUGAUGAUAUUAAAUGUUACCGAAGAACGGUUGUGCGAUUGAAAGAUGUAAGAACAUAGUUCUUUUUAGAGGCAUUUUUAUGCUAAAUAUAUUAUGGAAAUCUAGCAAUUAAGGAAGUACUACAAUUGACAUCAUCAUUUAAAAAAUAAGAUAUUCUUUUUUCAAAUUCUGGGUACUUGGGUAUCCUUAAUUUUACAUUAACGACAAGGAAAUUACCUUUAUAUUUUUAUAUUUGACCGAAAAUUCCCACGUUUAUAGGUUUUAGCAAAUAUAUUUUAAGUUGUAUUUAUUCAGUUUUUGUUUAUUUAAUCGGGUUUAUGUGAAAAAGGAUUAUUACAAUUAUUUAGUACGAGUAUAAUUCUUAAAGACAUAUUUACGCGUUGAAGCCUGCAAGUUAUGUAAACAAUUCUGUUCAUUUGUGAACAAAUCUUAAGUGCCAAUUAACGUAUUCAUUGUUUUUGUUGGUUUUGUAUGAUUUGAGGAUAGUAUUUAUAGUGUAUUUAUUUAAUCUUUUACACAUCCUUAACUGAACGAUAAGCGGUAAGGCAUUUUACAUAGACGUUCUUAACAAAGAUGGCUAUAAUGUAAAACCUACGAUCAGGACCUAUCUCUUAGUAGUCAUUGUGUCGCUCUCAUCCAUUUCGUGCUUAUUUGAACCAAACCAAAUCACAAUUAUUUAGUUCGACAAAGAAAGCAGCCUGAUAAUAAUAAAAAAUCUUAUGAUAUAAACUUAUAUAGAAAAGUAAACAUAUUUUCUUUACCAGCCAACAAAUAUAAAUUGCUACUUUGCCCUUAACUUGCGCGAAUGCUUCAAAAUGCUGAGAUUCUAAUAAAUCUAGCCUUAUUUACAAUAGGAUCCACGUCCGUACAAUUGUAACUCGUUUUAUUUUUAAGUAAUAGGUAAUUUAGUUAUUAUACAAUUAUAUUUUAACCGGAAAUGAUUAAAAAUGUUAAAAUUA